CUCCACACCAAUGAGCUAUGGAGAUGCAGGCGGGAACCAUGUUAGCGGAGAGGAAACAAAGAAAGACGUUUCCAGAGAAAUGAGAAGUUCCCAGUGUACAUGUGGCGACCAUCACUGAGUCAUGGGUUGUCCUUUAAUCAAGACGUAAAACCCCAUAAUUUAAGUUGACGGAUUAGUCGAAAGAUACAGACAAAGGGAGUGGAGUGAGAAGGUGCUCUGUGCAGUAUAUAAUCUCUACCUGAGAACAGCUUGAGCAGUAUCCAGGAGCCAGGACUCACAGAGAGAGGAGAGGAAGAUUUAACAGCAGACAGACUCUACAGUGGUAAAUUCUUGAAGCCGAAGGCCAGAGGAAUCAUUCAAGAGAGAUGUCUACAUCCACGGUUAAACUGCAGCACAUCUACAACCAGCAGGGCUUCCUCUCAGCGCUGCCUGUGUUAAGUGACAUCGAGCUGAGGGAGGCCAAGCAUGCCUUUUCUGAGCUGGAGAGGGAAUUUGGUGAGGAGUACACCCAGUACAGCCUCCACAACGUUCACCUUCAGUAUCCGUGGGUGAGCGAUCUGACAAAACACCCGCAAAUCUUACAAGUGGUCAAAGCCAUCCUGGGCCCCGACGUCAUCCUGCUCGACUCCCGCUUCAUCUGUAAAUACCCAACACUCAAGCCUGAUGGCAGCGGUGGAGAGAAUGGACUUCCGUACGUGGCCUGGCAUCAGGAUAUGAGGUACUGGGGUAUUGAUGGUGGCCCUGUUCUCUCCGUGUGGCUCGCUUUCGAUGACUCACUGGAGGAGAACGGCGCCCUUCGGGUCAUCCCAGGUAGCCACUGUGCUGGCAUGUUGCCCCAUCACCAAGCCAUCCGCCCGGGAAACAUGCUGACGGUCAACCAGGAGAUCCCGGAGGAGCUUGUGAAGGCUGAUGAAUCUGUGCUUUGCCCGCUGUUAGCCGGGCAGAUGUCUAUUCAUGACGGACUUCUUGUCCAUGCCAGUGACGCCAACACAUCCCAGAAGAGGCGCUGUGGCUUUGUGAUCCGUUAUGUACCCACCUGUGCAUAUCCCACAGAGGAUCCUGAUCGUCCUAGGAAGUUCCAAGCAGCAGAGUUGGCCUGUGGAACAGAUCAGUUCAACAAUUUCUCCAAUUAAACCAUUUGAGAACUUCCCUCAUACUUACCAGUUACUUGCACACUUUACAGGGAUAUAUCUCAUCUUCAGACCAUAUAUACACUCUUUGUUUAUUCAUAAUAUAAGUUUCUAGGAUAUACGUGUUUGUUGUCUUGUUUUUACUAUAAAAUAUUGAUAUAGCUCACCUGUGAAUCAGUGGUUGAUUAAUAAAAUGUUGUUUUAAUGUCCAAACUGUUUUGAGAUUUUAUUGUGUCAUUUAGAGAUCUAACUGGAUUGUGUU